UCGCUGGUUUGCAUACAAUAUGCGUCUUCUCAAAUCUUCGUUUCCUGCCGUGACCCGCUCUUCAAGAUGCUAUUUCCAAAGUGUGACCAAAAGAUGGAAUUCAGUAUCACAACGGCCAGGCUCAGAUCGAGUACGCUUUCCUGGUGCCAUAGACAGCAAGUUCACAACCAAUCUUGACUUUACCCGGCCUUCGAACAAGAAAGCCAUGCCGACUUAUCGCAUCCUCGACCAAGAUGGUGUAAUUGUCGACAAGUCACGGGAACCAUCAGAUAUCUCAGAUGAACAUUUGGUCAAGAUGUACAAGGAUAUGUUGAGCGUGAGCAUCAUGGAUGUAAUCAUGUUCGACGCGCAAAGACAAGGCCGUAUCAGUUUUUACAUGGUCUCAGCAGGAGAAGAAGGCAUAGCAGUCGGCUCAACCUCCGCCUUAGACCCCAGUGAUCCCAUCUUUGCCCAAUACCGCGAAACCGGCAUUUUCAAGUAUCGCGGCUUUACCCCUACAGACUUUAUGAACCAACUCUACGCCAACAAGCACGAUCCUGGUUUGGGUCGCAACAUGCCCGUCCAUUACGGAAGCACGAAGUAUCAUAUCCACACCAUCAGUUCACCUCUAGCCACCCAAAUCCCUCAGGCUUCUGGUGCUGCUUAUGCGGUCAAGAUGCAGAAUGCCAUGAACCCCAAAGACACACAACGCUGUGUGGCAUGCUACUUUGGCGAGGGCGCAGCGAGUGAAGGCGACUUUCACGCUGCACUAAACAUUGCCGCUACCAGAAAAUGUCCCGUCAUCUUCAUCUGCAGAAACAAUGGUUAUGCAAUUUCGACGCCAACGCUUGAGCAGUACCGUGGUGAUGGUAUUGCAUCCAGAGGUGUAGGCUAUGGCAUUGACACCAUCCGCGUGGAUGGCAAUGACAUCCUCGCCGUCAGAGAGGUCACCAAAGAGGCUCGCAAGAUGUGUCUCGAAGAUGGCGGUAAACCCAUCUUGAUCGAAGCAAUGAGUUACCGUGUCUCGCAUCACAGUACAUCCGACGAUAGUUUUGCUUACCGCGCCAAAGUGGAAGUGGAAGACUGGAAGCGCAGAGACAACCCCAUCACUCGCUUACGCAAGUGGAUGGAAGGAAAAGGCAUCUGGGACGACGAGAAGGAAAAGGAAGCUCGAGCAGUACUAAAGAAGGAGAUCUUGGAUGCAUUCAAGCAAGCCGAGAAGGAGAAGAGACCAGCAUUGAGGAACAUGAUGGAAGGAGUUUACGAAGAGCUGACCGAGGAGCAGAAGGAACAGAUGGAGAAGCUCAGGUCUAUUAUCGAAAAGUAUCCUGACGAGUACGACGUCAGUGAAUACGAAGGUGGGCUCGAUAGUCUGAAGAAU